UUGACAUUAGUUAAUCCAAAGUAAUGAUUCCCGAGCCCUACGCCACCUUCACUCACCCAGUCAUCUCAGCUGGCGUUGCUGUACUAGUCCUCUACGGAGCGAAGAAGGGCCUUGAUUCCCGAGCGAGCUCGACGAGCACACCGUCAGAGCUGAGAGAAUCGCGAAGAAGGCACAGGAAAGUUAUGUACACCGUGACUGCUCUCUCGUUUGGUACAGCAGCACUUGGAACUACGAUGAUGGCAGCUCUGCAGAAUGAUGACGAUCGAGAUGAUGUCAAGAUUCUCCAAUCACCACAUGCCCGCUUAGCUGGUCUCUUCCUCUCGGCCAUGAGUCUCAACUUUGCUCUUUCUCAAGGACUAUUCGGAAAGUUCGAUAAGUCGAAGCGUAAUCUCCAUAUGUACAUCGGAUACGCUAUAGCCUUUGGAGCACUCGCCCAGUGGAUGUCGGGCAUACGCCUCCUCUUGGCAUGAAAUGUCCGUAUAUUUUCCCUAAUGACGAUUUCUG